UCGAAAAUGCACCGAUUUAAACACUAUACAUUUUACAUGCCUUUAUGCUAUACGGCUGAAUGAGCAUGACAACGUAAUACGUGGUCGAUCAAAACCAGGAAGUAAAAUACGACAAUUUCGGUUAAAACGAAAAUGGCUGAUCAGUGUUCUCCGGAUGGCUUUUACAUUGCAAUAGGAAUAUUAUGUGUACUAGUUAUUUUGUUAUGCGGAGUGCUCAUUUUCUGUAUUUGUAAAUUGAGAAGAUUUCCUUUCAGACGACCCAAUGGUUACACAUCAAUUCUUGGCGGCGGCCAUGGAAAUGGAAACGAGGAUGAAGUACAGAAGUUUAAGGACUUUUAUGAAGAGGAAAGAAGAAAGAAAGAAAGCGCCAUACAUAAAGUUGAAGUACUCACAGACAUGUACAAUGAAGAGAAAAGAGAAAAGGAAGAUGCUCUUCAAAGAUUAAGCAAGAUUAUGUCGGAUAGACUUACGGAUGGAAAUCCGAACAUAGCAAAUCUAAAUGAUGUCAAGAGACCAACAAAACUAGCUGAAGAGCUAUCUGAACUGUAUGAUAAUGAGUGGACUUGCGCCUUUGAAAGUAUCCGGAAAGGAGAGGAUAAAGAGAAAAUCGGCCUGCUAUUGCAAAUUUUAGAAAUUUCUUUUGGAUGGAGCAAGAUGCAUGCCAAUGGACAAAUGCAGAAAAUGAAGAACCUCCUUGUAUGUCCCGAUAUGUCGGAUACAAAAACUGUGGCAGAUGUCAGUGUUAAUCUAGAUGUGAUGAAGAGAUUCAAGGAUGAGAGGAAAAUACUAGCGGAGAAGACGGUGCUAUAUGUAUCAGAGAAAGUUCUAACGGAAGUGAAAGAUACAUUUAAGGGUUCAGAAUGGGAAACGGAAGUUUCUCUGAAACCAGUCGAAGCCUACUGCAAGAAAUGUGCUGAAUUAUGUUGGUACGUGGCUAUUCAAGAUCCACCAAUGGACAUGAAAUUUUCUGACAUGAAGCUUGAUGAUCUUAAGGCCUACACACAGUCGGGAAAAGAAAUGGAGUACGUUGUUUGGCCGCCUCUGUAUUUGCACGAAAAGGGGAGCCUCAUGAGCAAGGGAAUAGCUCAGUUCAGGACAAGCAAUUAGAAGAAGAUAUGCAAGACCCUUUGCUGAUAGCUUUAAUACAAAUGAACUGUGAAUUAUUUUUUCAAUGUAUGAUAUUCAAGAAAAAGAUCUGUACGUUUCUUUAUUUAUACAUACGUUUAUAUUUUGUCUUUUUUAAUUUGGUGACAGAUUGUGCUAAUGUUAAAAAAACUGUUAAUAUGAUAUUGUGAUAUCUUAUUUCAUGAAUGCUCUAUAAUUUGAUUUUAUUUUAUUUAGAAAAUAAAAUUGUUAAUAUAAUUUCUCUCGCAACAGAGUUUUGCUUUUAGUGUAAAAAUUACCCCGCAAUAUUUACGUUUGGAGACACAUUGUUUUCCAGAUCCAAAUGAUGACUGUUUUAUGUAGCACAAUAGUUUUAUUUAUAGAUUAUUGUGAUAUAUCUCUCUCAAUAGCAUCGCUGCUACGUUACUUUGUCUUAUUUAUUCAUAUUAUAAAUUGUUUUCUUAUCUCAGUGUGUAAACGUCUUUUGUUAUAAACUGACACAUUAUCUUCUAUUUUUCAAAUUGUAUUAUGCAUCUAUCUCUGUCUAUGGAUCUGUAACAAGAAAGUUUGAAAUAAAUGUGUGCAUCCUGAA